UCUAAAUCGGAAUAUACGUUGAAAUAGCAGAAAACAGUAAUUGAAAUUCCGGGUUGGGUAAUUCUGCAAAGUAAACUCAUGCCUAUAAAGGAAUACGGGUUAAACUUUAGUUACCCCAUUGCGGACAACAACAAGUUUAACAUAACAACUUUGAGUACUACUAUAUAAAACAUUUUCAAUCAUAAUUAUUGUCGACAUGCAGUCGAAAUAUAUCGCCGGGGCACAUCAAUAUAUACAAACUAAUUCAAUAAGUGCCUCCUAUCAGCUAUGGCUCAUUUAAACAAGGAUUUCUUUCGCAUAGCAUGCGUUUAGCUUUACAAAUUAUUAUCGACAUGCUCUUCUAUUUAUUUUUCAUCAAUGCUGUUCGCUUAUUUGUGUAAAUUUUGAUUAUAACUUGGAUUUUAUUUGGUUGAAGAGGACUAUGGGUGAUGAAGGGAACGAAAGAGAAUCAAAGAAUCUGGUUGCAGAGAAAGAUGACAGAAAGGACAAUAAAGGAUUUUGUGAUGUUAUUUCACAGUUAUGCUGUUGUUGCUUCUGUUGCUCGGGCACAGAACAUAAGGAAGAUGAUACACCACCAGUUCUGUUGGACACACCUACACUGGAGAAGUUACAAACACUUGUUUCGAAUAAGCAAAUCCAUUGCGGUAUCAAUGGUGUGCCGAUGAGUUGGAUCAAAUUUGUCUGGAGAAAGUUGCAGAAAGGACCUUUGCAAGAAUACCGUCAAAAUGCAGUAGGAAGAGACGACAUCAUUUUUGUGUUCGGGACGUUAUGCACACGUAUUGAGGACGACACCCAGGCAGCUGUUGAGGAUGUAAAAAUUCAGCCAGAUGAGAAAAAUAAAGUGGUUGCGCUGAUGUUCCAUCUUGUCGGAGCAAACAGAACAAUAGAGAACGUCAAAGAUUGCUCCUAUAAGCAUGAUAAUAUAUUGGACACAUUUCACAUUCCCUUCAAAGACAUAUGAAGGCAGUGUUUAUGCAUAGUAAUACGAGACGAAUAUUUACAAUGCCUUUUGUUCUAUUAUAUCAAAAUAUAAAAGGCAAAAUUCAUACUACAGUAAAAUGGAUUAAAUUGCAACUGAUAUCUGCCAAUAACAGAUACUUGACUUAGCCAAACUACAGAUUAAUAAAUACUUAGGUUUAUUAUAUAUCCAUCGUAAAUCCACACUCAAUACAUGUCGCAAAAUA